CCCCAUGGAGCGCAGCUCCUUCCGCGAGAGUUGGCUUGAGACGGGCGAGGAACUUCGCUGUGUGGAUCGAUGGCAACAGCUUCGGUGGCAGUUUCAGGCUUGGCUUCGUGAGACCACGGAUCCCGUGGUCUUACAAAGCCCUUGGCUGCGGCGGAGCACGGGAAAGGCACUCUGUAUUUGUUGGAUGUGUGCCCACUUUGUCGCAUCGAGUUUGCAGUUGAUCAGGAUCCAGAGUUACCUGCAAAUCAAGUACCCGGUUUGGUGUGUGAUCGGGCUGUGCCUUUCAGCCUUGAUAACUGCCACGGCAGGAGUCAGUCAGCGAGAAACUUUGAGGUUGAGUUUGUUGCUUGCAGCAGGGAUUACUUUUAGCAAGAUGUUUCUGCACGUCACGUGGGGAAGUCAACAGGAAUUGGGCCAUGAAACGCUGAUGCUCAAUAAUUUUGUGAUCUUGACUCAUUGCAAUAUGCAUCCUCUUGGGCUUCUUUUGGCUGUGACCCUGAGCCUGGGCAUGCUGCUGCCGCCUAUCCUCCAGGAGCUCCAGGACAGGUCGUGACAGCGUCGCCGCAUGUUCUUGAGCGGGUUUGGAGCGGGAUAGAGUGACAUUCUCUCGGAUGAGCAGCUUUUUUGCAAUUAUUUGCAAUUGCUCAGGCUGGAAAAACAAAUCUACGUGCAUCCCCCCAAAUAGCCAUAGCUGCUUUGAAACCUUCCAGGUCAAGGAGGACGUUGUGUGGCUGGAUCAUUCCACGGCCUUCUACACGCUGGCCUUUCAAUUUUUGAUGAUCUCCGCUUUUACCCAGGAUUUCAGCAAUCGUGUGUCGGCAGUUUCCUCCGGCAUGCUCUACGGGAGUGGAGGCCAUGAUCCCUUGGAAAGCCCCCUCGCAGGACGCUCCGCACGGGUAUGGUGUUUCCUGGCUGCUGGAAACAAUUGGCUGGCCGUGUUCAGUCAAUGGGCAAACAGCACCGAGAAUUCUUACUUCCCAAGUGUGUUUGCUUGCCGCAUACCCCAAGGUGUGACGCUAGGAGGUGUUUUAGCAGCCCUCCUAGCUUUGGGUUGCACUUUGCUUUCGAGAUGCAAACCAUGGAUGAGAGAUCUGGUUUUGACAUACCUUUGUGUGGCGCCGACGCUUUGGCAAGUGCUCAAUGGAGCGCCUUCGAUGCAUCAGUUUAUGCGGGCCUACCACCAGGGUCACUACUAUCCAACCUGGCAUGAGGAGACCUAUCGGUGUUUGAGAUGGAACUGGCUCCUCAUCGUGGCCUCCACCCAAAUAUUGAUCCAGGCUGGCUGCCAUCCCUGCACUUGUAUUGUUGGCAUCGGCUCUUUGAUUUGCACGGUGUCUCUCCCUAUUCUCAUUGGGUUCUGGCGGUUCUGGGACCUCAACGAAUUGAUGGAUUGGCCUGACUGUUUAGAGAGCUCCUUCUUGGGGCUGGGGGUUUUGCUCAGCCACCACGUCGACUGGCACGCGCGGAUGAAGGCAAUUCACUUGGGCAUGCAGCAGAGCCGCGAGAACGCCGACGCCGCGCAGGGUGCCGCGCGGAGCCGCGAAGGGCCGGAAGGGCCAGGCGAUGAGAUGGAACUGGUCGAGCUGCGGGGCAGAGUUGAAGAAAGGAUGCAGGAUUGGGCGAAGGCAAUGAAGGUGGGUGUGGUAGUGCACGCAGAGACGGAAUUCCUUCCUGACACUGAUGAGUUUGAUCUUCCAAUCACUUCUGAAGGUCUCAAAGACACCGAGCUGCUGGCAGAGGAGUUGAAGAGUGCGGAGCUUAUCUUCGAUGUGGUGAUUUCAUCGCCGUGCUUGUGCUGCUUGCAAACGGCUUGGAUCUUGGGCGAACACUUUGGGGCAAAGGUCUUGCUUGAUGAAGACUUGGGUGAGAUGACCAACACAUCGCCGUUCACCCAUGCAUUCCACCCCUUAGACAGUGGGGUGAAGAUUGGUCGAGUGAUGGAUCAAACUGCCGAAUCUGAUCUAGAAGUGAGAUAUGCCAAGAGGUUCUUGGAGUACCUCCGAGAGUCCUUCCAUUCGAAGAAGAACCUUCUUUUGGUCACACACCCUCGCAGCCUAGAGGUUUGUAUGUCGGUCUUGCCUCCAGUCCAACAACGCAAGAUCAUCUCGGUCUGCCCUUUGGCCACUCUCCUUGCCUUGCGCGACCCAGCGAUUACUCUGCCCACCCAGAGAUCUGAGCUGCCAUUGCUGCUACCAGACAGGCGACGCCGGAGCCAAUCCCUUGAUCUGCCAAGGCGAUGGAAAUUUCAUGAUCCGCAGCGUCGGUUGGAAGAGCUGAAUGAAUUGCUUCAAGCUGUAGACUUGAACUCUUGGUCAGUUUGGCUUCGCGCCGUCACCACCCAAAUGGCGCAAGGUGGCCAAGGCAUGGUGAGUUCCCCCUCACCAAGCCUUGGCUCGAGCUGGGAGGAUCUCCACCAGUCGCUCACCGAGCUGCCGCAACGGAGGGCUCUCACCACAGCACCUUCUCGUUUGACCCGUGUCGGCCGACCCUUGGGCAGUCGUUGGGGAAGCUUCAGCACGUGGCCAGCGUCGAGCUCUGUGAGCCACGCGGGGUCUUUGACAGUCAUGCUGCAAGUGUCACAGCAAAGCUUCGAGAAGUACCCUGCCGUCCGAAAAAAGGGUGGGAGGUUAGAAUAGAUGAUGGCACUAGCACAUGUGUGUUGUGUGUGUGUGUGUCAACGCCUGUUUCUAAGGCUUUCACACAUUGCAAGUUAAUUCAAAACCACUCAAAUUCUUU